AUGGCAGCAGAAUACCCUCGACCAGACUACAUCACGACUCUUGCUCUGUCGCAGAGUCGUGCAGACCAUCUCCGCCAACCCGUGCCUCACAAACACGAAUCCUUGCAACAUGCACGCUUGCCUGUAUCUGUCAUCCCCGAUCUGCGCUUCGAGCAGACAUACUUGAAGCGGGUGAAGCCGUACGUGCAUGUUGAGCGGCGAAAGCGGACAUCGAAGGGGGCAAACGGCGAGAACAAGGAGGAAACUGGGGAAGGCGAAGAGGAAGAAGAGAUAGGGGAGGCGGAGGUGAUCACGGUCGAGUGGGGCAAGGUGCUCUGGAUCACCACGCGGGACCAGGUCAUCAGCCCACUGCUGCAGGGUGCACUCUGGGGAGCCGCCGCCAUCUUCAUUCGCCCAGCUGUAGGCUCCCUUGGUGCGCGCGUGCGCCAAUGGUGGCCGACAUACAAGGAGCCUCCUCCAGGGCACGAGGGUAAGGGAGUCGGAUUCCUCAGGAGCUGGGCGAAAUCGCUAUUCGGCGGGGCGGGUACCGCGUUUGCGGGGAUCGCGAGUGUACAUUGA